UGAGGACUACAUAGCUCCAAGUGCCGGACAAAUGCAGUUCGCGGUGUCAGUGCUUCACAGGGUUGACGUACGGUGCCACAAGAAGCUGUUUUUACUAGUUCGCCGCCGCUAAAAGUUGAUAUUUUACAAGCAUGCAGUCAGAAUCGGGAAUAGUUCCCGACUUCGAUGAUGGAGAGGACUUACAAGAGGAGCCCAAAACGUAUUACGAGCUGAAGAGUCAGCCCUUGAAAAGCAGCCCGUCAGCGCAGCGUGGCGCUUCCAAGCCUCCUCUCAGCUCCUCGGCCACAACCUCGCGCAUCCUGUUGCGUCAACAGCUGAUGCGCGAGCAGCUUCAGGAGCAGGAGCGGCGGGAGCAGCGCAGGCAGCAGGACUCCCAGUACCCGCAAACCACAGCUACACAGACCCCUGCCAUCAAUGUCACCGUCCCUGCACCAGCCGCUGCACAGGUGCCCAUGGAAGUGCUGAAGGUGCAGACUCAUCUGGAGAACCCGACCAAGUACCACAUCCAGCGCUCUCAGCAGCAGCAGGUCAAGCAGUACCUGGGAAAGGUUGGCUCACAUGUACUGAGCUUGCCCUGCCCCCAAAAGUCCUCUGACCACGGGGGCAUGCCGCCAGGGCCAGGCAACAGCGCCCCCAACAGCCCUAUGGCCUUACUGACCCUGAACUCGAAUUGCGAGAAAGAGAUGGAUGAUGUCAUCGACGACAUUAUCAGUCUGGAGUCCAGUUACAACGAUGAUAUCCUCGGCCUGAUGGACCCAGGACUUCAAAUGGCCAACACGAUACCAGUGCCCACCAACCUCAUGGACAUGUAUGGAAAUCAGGGUAUGUCUCAGCAAGGUCUGCCCAUCAGUAACUCCUGUCCUGCCAACCUGCCCAACAUCAAAAGGGAAUACUCAGUAGCUGAAUUUCCACUGGUGACCUGCAGGUUGACUGCGCCGGUGGCGGACGUUGUUAACCCAGGCCACGACCAAUCCGUGUCACAGUCUGCGGCCGUAAUGCACAUGUUGGAUAAGUCUGGAUCAUGUGGCAAAUUUGACAACUAUCAGAGGCCUGAAGGAUUUCCUGUUGUUGAGGUAAGAGCUCUAGCAAAGGAGAGACAGAAGAAGGACAACCACAACUUGAUUGAAAGAAGACGGCGGUUUAACAUCAAUGAUCGAAUUAAGGAACUGGGAACUUUAAUUCCAAAGUCAAAUGACCCAGACAUGCGCUGGAACAAGGGCACCAUCCUCAAGGCGUCCGUGGACUACAUCAGGAAGCUACAGCGUGAGCAACAAAGGGCGAAAGAGCUGGAGAACUGUCAGAGGAAGCUUGAAAAUGCCAAUCGGCAUCUUCUGCUGAGGAUACAGGAGUUGGAGAUGCAGGCCCGAGCUAACGGCCUGGCCAUCACAUCCUCGGCGCUGUGCUCCACUGACCUCAGGGGCCGGAGGAUCAAGCAGGAGCCCCCUCUGGAGGACUGUCACCAGGACCUUUACACACUCCACCCCCACUCGCAUCACCAGCACCACCCCGCCUGUACCCCCGAGCCCCCCGGCACCCUGGAGCAAAACGAGGGUCACCCCAAUUGCUCCGAAGGGCGCUACAGGGUUCACAGCAGGCCGGCCUCCAAACUCAACGACAUCCUCAUGGAAGAAAACGUAUCGCCCGUGCGAGGGGGGGACCCUUUGCUCUCGUCCGUCUCCCCAGAUGCCUCGAAGGACAGCAGUCGUAAGAGCAGCAUAAGCAUGGAUGAGAAUGAGCAGGGCUGUUAGCGCCUCCUACUGGAAGACCCCCUCCAUAUGGCUGCACUCUGGGCUGCUGUUGUCUUUUUGUUUCUGCGUUUACACGUUUUCAGUCUUUUGCUUUCUUUUUUUAUGAUGCUUGUGUCUUUUAAAGCCCUCAAACUUGAUUUCAAGGACUGAUUUUAAAGUUUGUUUGCAUUAAUCAAAACUUUGAUGACAAUGAGUUACACAUUUAGAGUUUUAUAUGUAAACAAAAACAUUUACAGUAUCUUAGGGUAGACAAUAAAUUAUGUCUAUUUCUGGUGAUUUAAAGAAUCUGGGGAAAUUAUAAAUUAUGCUAACGUACAGUAUAUGUUGUGGUGAGAAAACACUGCUUUUGAAAUCACUAGCAAUAAUAGAAUAAAUCUAUUUAUUACUGUCGUGCUUUACACUCCUCUUUGAACUUGAACAUGCCAAUGCCUUAUAAUGACAUCAAUGUUGUAUCCCUUUGCACAUGCUGUGGUUGUUAGUCUUCUUCCAAUGGAAACUUCUUUCUUGACAAAUUGAUCAGUUGUAUUAAGCUAAUAUAUGCAACUACCGUUAAGUAGUAUUUUAUUGUUAGCCUAAUUGCAUGAUUGCCGUAGUCAUUUUUGAACGUUUUCUAAAAACAAGAAACAAGCCAAAAAACACAACAUUUUCAACAACCAAGAAGAGUACAGUUUCCUCGAUUUAACCUUUACCAUGACCUAGAUGAUGCAAAAUCUACACAGACAUAUGAAAAAAUUGAAUUUUUAGCAAAGAUAUUGGUGUUUUUUUUAGUAAGACUAUGAUUUCCAAUUAAAAAUGACUCAGGCAAUUAUGCCAUUAGGCUAAUGUUAUAUAAAAAUGUAAAUAAGCAAAUUGAUGAAAGCUGUUUCAUUCAAUAUUGUACUAGCACAGUGCAGUUCCUCCACAAUUAUGCUUGUUUUAGCUGCCCUGUGCUGAUUUAGGAGCAAAUUGUGGAUAUAGACAGGUGACAAAUAAAAACAAAAUAUUAAUGAUUAGCAAUAAUGUCAUCAGAUAUCAUGUGACACAAUUUCUUUGUGAUGCAAGUAUAGAUACAGAGAAGAGGGGUCCGCUCUCCAGGAUUGAGAGGUUUUCUUUUCAUUUGCCACCUAUCUGAAUAUCCCAUCCCCCUCACUGACUGAAUGUCUCUUAUAGUUUCACUUGUCAACUCUGCAAAGAACUCAUGACAAACAUGUAUCAAAAGCCUCUUGCAAAGAAUUUAUGUGAACAUUUAUUUUGUGAAGGACUGUAAGGCGACUGUAUUUGAAUUCCGACUGAAGCGUGUGGAAAAACGAAAGACUGGACUGACCUCUGUAAAUCAGAUCGGAAUUUGUUUUUAUUUUUUGUAUCUAUGCAUUGAGUCACGAUUGUUCUUGGCUUUUCCAAACACUUACACAAUAUUCUAUGAGACUGCAGAUUCUUGGCCACGUAUGAAUAUUGUGUAUUUGUUUUCCAGCACUUGUAGCACAUUGCGUAAGCAUGGUUUUGUUCACCUGCCCUGUUACAACUCAGCCUCUAUGUUGGUCAGCGAGGCAACAGUUGACUUUGUGCCUGUCGAUUCACGUCUUGACAACGUGAUGAUGUGAUCUUUUUAAAUGCUGUAAGUGCCCUGUGGUGGUUCCUGUUUCCCUGCUGAUUUUAGAGGAGCUGUACACACCGGUACUAACAUUGUGUUUCAGAUGUUUACUGGUGUUUUGGGAGAACGUCAAGUUGCUUUACAAACCUUUUGCAGUUAAAAAAAAAAAAAAAAAAAAAAAAACUAAAUUCAAGAGCCUCUCAGACGCAGAAGCUAUAUUCUUUUUUUAAAAACUUUUUUAAUCAAAACUACAAGGUGUCACUUGAUAAAAUAAAUAAACAAAUGACAAGUUGGAAUGAAUAAUCAUGGAAUUAAGUGAUGUAAAAGAACAUUUUAGAAGCACGACCUUUGAUUUAUCCGUGAUUAAAACUGUAUCCCUGUUAAAUGUAUAUUUUGAAACAUUUUCUUUUUAUUUGGGUAAAUGUGUUCUUUUUAAAAUAGAAAUAUUAUUUUAUAGAAACUUUUUCAAUAACAAGGUCACGUAACAAUCUUCUCCAACAAAUCUUUUGAGUAAUAUUCUUUCUAAUUAUGGCAAAUUUAUAAUUAUUAUUUUUUUAAGUGCCGUUGGAGAAGAGAAGGGCCUAUUUGGAUAUAGUUUUUUGUAUUCGUGCUGAAUAAUGAAUCUUGGUUGAGUGAUGCUUUAUAUAUUUCUGACAAAUGUGUUAUUUAUUUUGUGUUGAACAGAUAUGCGUUUUAUAAUCCCCAAACUAACUUGAAAAGCAUAUUUCUUAUUGCCUGAAUGUAAUUCAAAGAGAUGACUGCCAAAAAUGUGUUGCCAGUGUGCCAAAGUUACUGGCUGUAAUAUCUUAUUAGUUCAGCUGCCCUUCUCUACAGUCAUUACAGUACACGCAGUUACAAUAACCAAGUUGACUUUAAAAUGAACAGGUUAGGUCUUGCCCACUAUUUGGACCAGAAGGAAUGUAACAAAGGUGGCACGGUUGGCCGACUGUUUAGCACAUCCGACUCACAGUUCUGAGGACCCGGGUUCAAAUCCGGCCUCGCCUGUGUGGAGUUCGCAUUUUCUCCCCGUGCCUGCGUGGGUUUUCUCCGGGCACUCUGGUUUCCUCCCACAUCCCAAAAACAUGCACUGUAGGUUAAUUGCAGACGCUAAACUCUCCGUAGGUAUGAAUGUGCGUGCGAAUGGUUGUUUGUUUAUAUGUGCCCUGUGAUUGGCUGGCGACCAGUUCAGGGUGGACCUCGCCUCUCGACUGAAGAUAGCUGGGAUAGGCUCCAGAACGCCAGCGACCCUAGUGAGGUUAAGCGGUGUAGAAAAUGUAGGAAUGUAAGAAAAUGGAACACUUAACUUUUCUGGAGCUUUGGUCAUCUUUAGCAUGUGGUGCAAGUAACACUUUGAUUUGAUUAGAUUUCAAGUUAGUACUGAGAGACAAUGCACAAGCCUCCCCAAGACAACUGAAUAAGCAUGAUGAUCUGAUGCAAAACUUGAGACCCAGUUAUAUGGAGGCCAACACUUACAGGAGGUGAAAAUUUUGGACCUUGGGAAAUAAAAGUAACAAUGUGGCCUACUACAUGUAAUCAGAUUACAAUUUUUACAUAAAUCCAGCUGAACCCGGAAAUGUGAUUACAUUUUCAGUGAUGAUCCAUUAAAGGCACUUGCUGUGAUUAUAUGGCACAUUUGCCUAUGAAACAUCACGUUAGACCAAUGUACUUGUUCUCAUGCUUGCGGUCCAUCCCGGUGUGUUCUCUACUUCUUUUUGCUCCAUUUUGUAGAAGUGUGACUAUGGUUACUGUGCAGACUCCACUCUGUGAACUCAAAUUACAUGCGUUAAAAAUAUUAAAAGAUUUAUUUAAAAGUCA